AUGGCAGCAGAAAGCAAAAGAAAUGAAGAAGCAGACCAACAAACCCAAAACCUCGUGCUGCCGACCCGCAGAUGCAGCAAUUUGUACAGCGAAACGGAAUUGUCAAAAGUUCUAGCGGAGUAUAUCAGUGAUGUGAGGGUUUAG